AUGCCAGAAACAGUAAAUAAAGAUUUGGGUAAACAAAGUGAAAUUGGCCAGAGACUGUUCGACUGUUUUCUGAAAGAACGAGUCCAGUCUGGCAAAGUUAAUCUUUGGUCAACCAUGAAGAAGAGAAAACUCCUAACAUCGAAAACCACUGCAAAGGCCGUGAAGGUGACUGCACCAGACAAGAUUGUGGAGCUUCAAGAGGAUAGGUCCCUUUUCGCAAGUAUGAUGAUGGUGUGCAAGAGCAGGCCACAAAUCAAUAUCAAGGAGACUGUAGGCCAAUACGAAUUUUCCAUAGUCAGCUGAAUUUUAGAUAGAUCAUUGUUUGCUGCUGAUGGCGCUCACUGUUUAUCCAAGAGUAAUCUAAUGAGCAUUCUAGAGAAGGUGAACGACAACAGAAACAACAGGAGAGUAGCUGGUCCAAACAAAGAUCAAGUGAAAGUUGCUAUUGUAGAUGGGAUGGCAAAAGUCCACUCACUUGGCAAGCCCGAGUGGAUCAGAAAUUGUGCACAGCUAGCUGACCACUUCAGCAACUUUGUUAUGCAGAGGUACACUGGAAGUAAUGAAGUGGGAUUAAUUUUUGACAGAUAUAAUUUACUGUGGGGGUUAUAGGAAGCACUCAAGGUCGGUUGGUCGGUUGGUUGGUUGAUUGGUGUAAACUUUCAUUGUAUGCAAAUCAGCCUUGUGAUGAGGAGGCGGUUUAUUUCAAGCGGUAACUUCAAUGGAGCACCAUUUUGGUUUUGUCACAUUACAUGCUCAGCCAUGCGCAUGUUACUAGAAUUUUCCAAUUAAAACCUGUGUUAGUCCAGAAAAACCUCGUCAAACUUUGUUAUGCAUUUGAAAAUGAAAAAUUAUUUGAAAACAGUAACAUAUAAAUAGACCAUACAAAGAUAUCCAAAACAAUCAUAUCUGAAUUUUCCAGUGACAUUUUCUAUUAGUUGUUUCUCUUUUGUUUUGAGCUGUUCAGCAGCUGUCGAGCUUCCCUCUGACACUGAUACAUCACCAACAUCAACUUUGCAUGAGUGGAAAAUCAGGACUUUGAAAACUGGCCGCUUAAUACAGAGUGGCUGCUUAAUGCAGGGCUGUCGUAUACAGGUUCAACCAUUAUCUGGAAUUGUGUGAGAAAACUCUGUUUGACACCGGAGGAGGGCAACACCAUCGUAUUAUUGACAGAGCUGAAACCAACUGUUCAAACUCUUGGGCCAGAUAAGAUAGCAACACUUCCAGCAUUCCACACCCUAAGCAGAGCCAACAACAAAGGAAGACAGGGAAAGCUUCUCUGCUUGAAGAUAUUUGCAGAAGUGGAUUCAUCCAUUAUCAAGUGCUGCCCUUGCAGAACUUGGGCAAGCUGCUCAUCCAAAUGA